AAGUAGGGAGGACCAGAACCAGACGCACGGGCGAGGCAGUUUCGCCGGCGGGGAGAAACUCCGAGGAGCGAGGACUACGAACUCAGGCGGCGGGAAGGCGAGCUCGCCGUUAUCCCGAUGGCAGCGCACAAAGGGGGCGACGCGCCACCUGCCGGCGGCGGCAGGAACGGGAUCAUGCAGCUCAAGGACCUGGUCCCGGCGGCAACCAACACGGUGAACACCACCUUCAUCGUGCUCGACAAGGCGGCCCGCGCGAACGCGCACGGCAGGGAGGAGACGUGCCUGUCGCUGGUGGCCGACGAGACGGCGGCGGCGCACUUCCUGCUGUGGGGCGCCGAGUGCGACGCCUUCGAGCCCGGGGACAUCGUGCGCCUCACCAGCGGCAUCUUCUCCUACCACAGGGGCAGCAGCCUCGUGCUGCGCGCCGGCAAGAGGGGGCGCGUGGAGAAGGUGGGCGACUUCACCAUGCUCUUCGUCGAGACGCCCAACAUGAGCGAGCUGCGGUGGGGGCGCGAUCCGGCCGACCCGAGGAAGAUGGUGCAGGAGGCCGUCGUCUCGCACUACUCCCAGGUCUUCAAGCCGCCGCACUGAUGAAUUGAUGAUGCCGGUGACGGCGGCGUUGCAUGCAGCCAGGAUCCCACGGUGGAUGCCGUCAUCCGAUUGUGCAACAAGUGAUUGUGAUGAACGUUCUAUGCGGACUAAAUUUCGCUUUGCACCGAGAGUAUAUCUAACUUGUGGCAGUUUGCAUCAGAUAUU